AUGGGAUUACUUCAAGACCGAGUAGUCAUUGUUACAGGCAGUGCCUCGGGAAUCGGUCUCGCGACAGCGAUACAAUCAAUCAAAGAAGGCGCCCGAGUGUUCGGAGUAGACAUCUCGACCUGUCCAGCCUCAUUAGAAAACGAGCCCAGCUUUCGAUUUUUCCAGUGUGACCUGACAGCUGAUGAUGCUUCAAAGGCGAUUGUGCAAGCUUGCUUGGAGGCAUACGGGGAGAAAAUCGACUGCCUCUUCAACAUAGCGGGCGUGAUGGACAACCACGGCAGUGUCGAUACGCUGACCAACGAGAGCUGGAAGCGCUGCCUGGCAGUCAACUUGACCGCACCAGUUGAGUUGAUGCGCGAAGUGAUUCCAUUGAUGCGCAAAGAACAAAGUGGAAGCAUCGUGAACCUGGCCAGUAAGGCCGGUACCAGCGGCGCAGCAUCCGGGGUGGCCUAUACUGCGAGCAAGCACGGCCUUAUCGGCGCGACCAAGAAUGUUGCAUGGAGAUACAAAGAUGAGAAUAUUCGGUGCAAUGCGGUCUGUCCUGGAGGAGUCUUGACGCCUAUGUUGAAUAGCUCGGAUCCAGCGACCCUGGACUUUGAAGCACUGUCGUCGAUGAAGCCUGUCCAUAACGCCCAUAUGGCUCCCGGCAAGGGGCCAUGGAUCAAGGCGGAAGAGAUAGCCGCGACAAUUAUCUUUCUGGCGUCGGAUUCCAGCCUUAGAAUCAAUGGCGCAGUUGUGCCAAUUGAUAAUGCUUGGUCGACAAUCUAG